AUGUUGAUGUGGACUCACAGAUGGCACAUGAGGGAACCCGUCACUUUUCUUCUCUGCACCCCGGACGGUCAGCCGGUCGAUGCGGCUGCGUACUUGGACGGCAUUUGCCGCAUGCUUCAAACUGAGGAUUGUGUGGACGCCGCGGUGGAGCGGGUGUAUCGACCCCUGUUAGUCUACGUGAGUCUUCUGGACGACCCCGACGCUGAUCCCACGAAUACAGAUGACGGUAUGGAAGCAUUGCCGGAUGAAUGGUCGUUGCUUCACCUGGCGCUUGUCAUGGAGCAUGCGGAGGCGGUCAGGGCAUUGUUGAAUUUUCAUCAAAAGCAUGCCUUCACUGUGCUGGAAAAUGUUUUGAAUGAAAACAACAGAAUGAUCUUGACUAAGAUGGCUUCAGAUGACACAACUAAGGCUUCCUUUGCAGAAGAGGGAUCUUCUUCUAAAGACGCUGGACAUCUGCCAUGCAAAAUCAUGGAGUGCCAGGUACGAAAAGAGUUGGGUGGUACUGUUGUCCUCUUUGACCAGGAGGCCAGUGAUACGGAAAACUGCCCACAGGUAUGCAGCGUUGCCUGUGUGACGACUGCAUUGAAACCACUCUUGAAGUGUCUCUUGUAUGAACGAAACCAUUCGAAUGGGAAGGACACGAAUGCGGAGGAAGAGGGCCCGGCGUUCGGGUUUGCAACACGCAUGGUUCAAGCGCAUUGUGACGCUUUGCCGGAAUUUUGUGUUCGACUCCCAAGCCUAAUAGUGGAAUGUGAUACUUUGUAUGAAGUGUGUCAUGGAGAUCUUGUCACGCUUUGUGACAUUCUGGAAAUCUGCCGUGGUCUGUUGUUACCGGUUGUUCAUGGAAAACGCAUGGAAAUCGUUGGAAGCAGUUCACGUGGAGGCGGGAAAAAUGCCACAAGCAGGGAGGUAUCCCAUGUUGUGGGUUUACCCCGUGGCUUUCAUCCACAACAGGCAACAUUGCCCCCAUUCAUGUUAUCAUGUAAACCGCAGGAGCACCAACAACUUGCCUUUCUUGUCACGUGGACGAAUUAUCGACAGAAGGCGUAUUUGGAAAGUAAACCACCGGGAUCCGCACGGAAGGAUCAUGAGGCGAACGUUCUCAGUGACUUUCAAAUGACGCUGUGGAAUCUUAAAAAAAGUGGGCAAAUGAUCUCUCCAAACCACUUAUGGAGUGGAAUUCUUUUUGUCUUGUCUCGCCUCUUCUCAGGCAACUGUUCACUUGAACGAUUUCUGGACAUCAUUGAGCAAGAUGACUUUGUCUCAUGUUCCGAUGGAAUGCCAGUCACAUUUAUUGCCGCCAUCGUUGCUGGUGCCGCAGUAGCGGCGUUCCUUACAAACUCAAUUUAUGUGCAACUGUUAAGCAAGAAGGUGGAGGUGUUGUUGGUGGAUGUCCCUGGUGAGUUUUCACCCCUGCGGGCGUACCUUCUUUCCCAACCGGCAACCCACGCGGAGCGCUUUGAAGAAUUGUGGUUGGCCGAAACCCCCUUCUCACCCGCCAAAAAAUUUGAGUCCCGGGUAGAAAUGUUCUACUGGGCCUUGGUGGAAAUGGUGUUGCUCAGCGCGGAGAAAAGGUGGGGAACAGCAGGUGCGUUUGUUGGAAGUGACAAAACCAAGAAGACACAACAUUUUCUGCAAGACUGGCUUAGCAUGUGCCAAAAGUUUUUUUUCAGUUUGAGAGACCGGCCACUAACAUGUCCGCAACGACGCGCCAUGUUACGUUCAUGCGCCGAAGGAGAAGUGUCAGCAGGGGCGACCCCAACCGAAAUCGAAAAUGCGACAGAGGACGAUGAGAGUCCCGCCCUGCAACGUGUAUGUGAGCAGAUGCGGCUUCGACUCCAGCGAGGCGCCACGUCGUUACAAGCCAUCUACACAUCUCUAUACCCAGAGGAGGCGGGAGAAGGAAAGACUACAGGUGUUGGCGGCGGUGUUUGUGAGGAAGAGAUGGAGGAAGACGGUACGGGAGGAAAGAUGGCCCAAAACAGCAUCCGGGAUGACUUUGAGGCUGCCCAGGUUCUCUUUUCCACCACGGCGAAACACGUCAGUGACACCACCAAACUGAAGUUCUAUGGCCUCUACAAGCAAGCAACCAUCGGUGACGUUAAUGUGCCCAAACCGUGGAUGAUGGACCUUGUUGGCCGGGCCAAGUGGGAGGCAUGGAACGAACUUAAAGGAAUGAAUUCUGACGAAGCCAUGCGCCGUUACAUUGGGGAACUGCGCACUUUACACACAUCAAGCACCGGCACUAACCCAUAA